CAAAGUAUAUCAGUUUACUUUCGUCAUACUUUCAUGAAUAGGCCUAUGUCAUGGUAUAUUGUAAGUCGGUUUAACAGCGUCAGCGAAAUACCAAAUUGUAAAUUGUAUAAUUAAGGUGUAAUUUUAAUAAAUACUCACACAGAGCGUGUAUAUGUAUAUGUAUAUGUAUGCAAAUAAUGAAUACAGUGUGCCAAUACAGAAGCGAUCCGAUAAUUACACCGGGACAAAAUCAUCACUCGCAGCACCAUGUUGGGUCUAAUAUAUUGCAAUAUAUUGCGUUUUCAUAAGCAAUCGAAACAGUUUAUCAUAAUCCCCUUUUUUCGCGCUUAAAAACACAUACCGUGGGUGAUUGGCCCGACAGGUGGCUCAUUAUUUGUGAGUCGUCUUUAAAUACAUUUUUAACUCGACGUUUUUUUCUCGCCUCCACGCCAUUGAGUGGCACGGUGCGCGCCUGUCUCCUGAAAUUGCGAGGAGACAGCCGUCGGGGGUCGCUGUUCAUUGCAGCAUACCCGAGAUCUAACUCGCUUUUUUUUUUACCCUGAGCGCAUCCCAAACCUGCGCUCUUUGGCGUGAUUGGCUGCGUUUCCGGAUAGUCUCAAAGCGGUGCUGUCAGCGCGACAAUGGCCGCAGUGUUUACGUGCUGUUUGGGAUGCUACGGAGACGGAGGGUCCGGACGUGUUCCCCUUAAAGAAAUGCCCGCAGUGCAAUUAGAUACGCGUCAUAUGGGUACUGAUGUGGUCAUCGUCAAGAGUGGGAGAAGAAUAUGCGGUACUGGAGGCUGCCUUGCCAACGCUCCUCUCCACCAGAACAAGAGCUACUUUGAGUUUAAGAUCCAGUCCACAGGUGUGUGGGGCAUGGGUGUGGCCACCCAGAAGGUGAACCUGAACCAGAUUCCCAUGGGACGGGACAUCCACAGCCUGGUCCUGAGGCACGACGGCUCUGUGUACCACAACAACGAGGAGAAGAACCGCCUGCCCGCCAACAGUCUGCCGCAGGAGGGAGACAUUGUGGGCAUAACAUAUGACCACGUGGAGCUGAAUUUAUAUCUGAAUGGAAAGAAUAUGCACUGCCCAGCCUCAGGAAUCCGUGGAACAGUUUUCCCUGUUGUAUAUGUGGAUGACAGUGCCAUAAUAGACUGCCAGUUCAGCGACUUCUACCACUCCCCUCCACAUGGUUUUGAGAAAAUCCUUUUCGAGCAGCAAAUCUUCUGAGUGGCAUCUCCCUCCCUGUGAUAAACUGCAGCCAGUGCUGUCUUCUAGCUGUGUGCUUGCCUGGAUCUACCAGGUUUAGUGAUCUUUAACUUGUCUAAUCUGGUCUGAGUGUCCUGUGAACUAGCUGGAAGGUUCUGGAUUCAUCUGGAAAGCAGUCUCUAUUACGUGUGGUGACGUAUCUGCUGUCAAUACUGUAGGCUCUUUCUAACAUACUGUCAUAUUUUGUGUGGCUGUUGCUUUCCUGGAAAAGGAAAAAAUAGACUCUAGAACAUUAAAUAUUUUUGGUUUAUCAAUUUAAGGAAUAUAAGCCAUGGCUCUCAGUGAUUCCCUUAUGGUAAGUUUAUGGAAGUGAGAAGAAUCAAAGUAAGUUUCUCUCAGUAUUCCAAAUGUCAAAUGUCACAUAAAGCCCAAAUAGACAGUUAAUCUCUCAGAGGUCUGUCAAGAACUAUUUCGGUGGUUAUGCUUUUCUGUUGGGUAGUGAUACAUACAUUUUGCAGUGUUGCUAGUACCAAGAGGAUGUUAUUUCAGACCAAUGUAUAAAAGAGCUGGAAACAGUUUUAAGAAUGAAAUGUGUAUAAAGCAUAACUGGUUACACGUAUUCAUUUUUUCCUGAUGUCAUUGUGUCAUGUCAUGUCAUGUGUCAUCUUUAUGUGACUGUUCUGAAGGAGCAUCCAAAUGUUAGCAAACUGAAAAGGUCCUAUUAUCUGUUAUUUUGUUUCAUGAAUGCAAGGACAUGUCUGAACGUAUUUAUGGACUAUUUCAUUUAAAAUGGAUAUCUUCUGUUUAAACGUUGACAUGGGUUUUAAAUGUU